AUGGAUCGCAUAGGAAACUUUUUUAGCCAUCUAUGGCGCAAGUAUUACCCUGAGUUUGAAAUAGAUCAGGAUGGGGGCACGGACAAGCCCGUCGCGAAAUUGGCUCCAGAGAGUGAAGUGGAGCCAGGACACGCUGAUCUGAAGGAAGUCGAUGCCAAGCAAGUUGGCGUGGCUAUUGCCGAGGCCACGUAUGCGGUGUCCGGAUACACAUGGUACAUAAUCUUGGCCGUGGUCUGGGUCGCCUACUUUAUAUAUGCGCUUGACAACCAAACCGCGCAAUCGCUGGCGUACACGGCCACUAGCAAAUUGGAGAGUGAUACGACGAAAGCUUCUGAAUCAUAUGCAUCUGCUUACACGGCCCAAAUGCUUUUCGUGGCCAUUUCGAAGCUGUUCAUCGCCAAGCUGGCCGACAUUUUCGGUCGAUCCACAGCCACGGGCGUGACGAUGCUUUGUUACACGCUGGGUUUUAUUAUUAUGGCGUCGUCACAGAAAGGGGAUGACUACGUGGCUGGUGCGGUGUUUUAUGGGAUCGGAAACUCUGGCAUUCAAAUGGUCAUUUGGAUUGUUCUUGCUGAUCUGCUGUCAGCCCGUUUCCGUGUGCUGGGUUAUGGUUUCGUCACGUUCCCCAUCUUCAUCACUUUCGCUGUGGGUGCCAAGAUCAUGAAGGGCCUGGCCCUCCAGUGGCGCUGGGUGCCUGGCAUGUUCUGUAUUCUUGUGCCUGUGGUCAUGACUCCUCUGUUGUGCAUGCUGAUCUACCUUGAGAUCAAAGCGCGCCGGAAAAACCUGGUGCCUCGUCACCCGUACUUGAAUCACGGCCUGGGUCGGGCCAUUUGGGAGUUUAUCUUGGAUCUGGACCUUGUCGGCUUGCUUUUGCUGGUGGGUGGAUUCGCGAUGAUUGUGACGGCUCUGAUCCGUGCCAGCACACCCAGCAUCCUGGAAUCGACGUGGUCCUCGCCAUGGGUAAUUGGAUGCUUUGUCGUUGGUCCCGUGAUUCUUAUCUUUCUUCUUCCGCUCUGGGAGUGGUUCGUCGCACCUCGUCCCUUUAUUCGUUAUUCGUGGAUGAACACGGAUGUAUUGAUUGCAUUUAUGGUCGGCUUCUUUGACAACAUGGUGUUUCAGGCGGGCUUCCAGGUGGCUUAUAACUGGGUGUUCAUCUCGCAUGGCUACAAGUCGACGGACCUUGACUUGGCCAACUACUUCACAAACUCAGACAACCUUGCUCUGACGCUGUUUGGUGUCGUGGCUGGUAUCAUUAUUCUGUUCACGCGCCGAUUCAAGUGGUUCCUCGUGGCUGGUGCUUGUAUUCGCACGAUUGGUUUCGGCCUACAAAUUCGCUACCGCGACAAUGAUACCACGAUGCCUCAGGCUGUGUGGGCCCAGCUGGUCCAGGGGAUUGGUGGUGCCUUCCUGGGCGAAGUGACCACUCUUUUGUCUCAGAUCACCGUGCGCCACCAAGACGUGGCUAUGGUCACGGGUGUGUACUUGACGCUAUUUUCUCUGGGAAGCAGUGUGGGUCUUGCUGUCUACACAGCUCUUCUCGAUGCUCAUUUCCCUGCGGCUCUGGACAAGUAUGCCACCCUAGUCUCUCCGCAAGAUCGUUCUACAGUGGCCACGCUGGGACCAUUUGCUGCCCUUACAUCUGGACCUCAGCUGGACAGUCACCCCCUCCUCAAGGCCCAGGUGGGCACCGCCUACAAUGAGGCGGCGAAGCAUGUCUUGUACUUUGCCAUUGGCGUGUCGGCCGCCCUUAUUAUCCUGACCCUGUUUGUUCGUGACUGGGUCUUGCCCCGCUCCCACAACGUCGUCAGUGACGAGCUGCCUGAAAAGAACCCCUUGCAUAUGUCGACUGACACGACGUACGACGAUGCGAUUAGCGAGACGGAGAAGCAGAAUGAGCUGUAUGAGGCUGAAGUGCUUUCUCAUGAAUAA